GGUAUCCAAGCUCAAGCCUACGGAGAUCAAAUGGUCAAAAAACAACUGAUCCAGAGAACAGAAUUGAGAAAACUAAAAUAAAUGAGCUGAUUAGAGAGGAAACAAACAAGAAAAGACAACAAGAAAAAAGCAAUAAGCUUGCAGUGGAGAUCAAACUCAAAUCUCUUAGGGUGGGCAAGUUCCCCUUCAUUCCCUGCAGAAAAUGAACCUUCUUGGUAGGUCCAAUGUCACAUUUUCCUGCAGUGAGGAGGGGAGCCUUGAAUGGGAUAUGCCAAAGCUUAACUGACAUGGGGGAUCAAGAUGUGGGGCUGCCACUUUACUGAGAAACUACCUGUUCUAAUACCCUCCUACUGAAGGAUUUCUUGGCAGAAGCAUACAUGUAAUGUUUGGCAUUACAUGUAAUGUCUUGGCAGAAGCAAACUUGUAAUGUUUACCAAAGGUUGAAGCUGCCCUGCAAUGUCUCCUAGCUGCAUCUAGUGCACAAUGCUGCAGUAAAAUUGCUGACAACAAAAGGCCUAGUCAGCAUAUAACACCCAUGUUCAGAGAUCUACACUGGUUGCUGAUUUGAUACUGGGCCAAGUUCAGAAUGUUGCUAUUAGCAUAUAAAGCCCUUAACAAUUUUGGACCAGUUUACCUACGAGAUCGCCUUAUCCCACAUGCCCACAUGACCACUUCAAUUGGUGGAAUUGGCACUACUGUAGGUGCCACAUAAUACCCAUCCCACAAUUGUAAGAAUCAUUUAGUCUGGCAGCACCUUCACUUUAAAACUCCCUGCCUAUUGAGAUCAAGCAAGUGCCUUCACUGUCCACUUUUGGGCCUGCAAAAAAAAUUUAAAAAAUCCUGUGUAGACAAGCCUACCUAGAUGCUUAGAAAGCUGAGAUAAUUUUAAUGUUUUAGUAUUUUAACUUUCGUAUGUUUUAAAGCAAUGGUUGCGAUUUUUUCUCGAUUUUACUGUUUUGCCUUUUUGCAAAUCCCUUUCGAGGGUUGUUGCUUUUCUUUUUUUGAAGAACCAAGCGGUGUACAAAUUUUGGGAAAUAAAUUAAUGGAAGUACCGCAGAGGCCUCCUUCAAGCUGCUGGGGUCGUGAGAGUGUUGAGGUGGGGGACACGCUUCCCUAAGAGACAGCUUGCCUACCGCACUGACUCCCCUGUACAACGCCAGCUACGUGGGAGCGUCAUGGUGGGUGGAGCUGAGAAUUACAAAUGAGCGUCAUUUCCGGGGGAAGAGGAAAAAACCGUUUAAACGGAAAUGCCGCUCUACGCUCCGAAUCUCCAUGAUGCCCUGCCCUCUUUCUUUGUUUCCCCGAACGCUCCCAUGGGAAGCCCCAACAACCACCAAAGUACGUAUUGCCCAGCUGUGGGUUUUGGAGCUUUUCCCGCCCCUCCUGGCCACGUCAUGGAUCACGUCACUCUUUUUUUAAAUGACCAACGGCUUUCUAAGCCUGUUGUUUUUACCAGUCCAAGUAAAGCCUGAAUGUUCUUCGCCAGUGUAUAGCUCUAUGGCCCUUUCCCGCGUUCGGCUUCUUGGCGUAGAAAGCGUCAGUCGCGAUUGGCUCUUUCUUGCUUUCUCUCUCCCGGAAGUGCCUGGGGAACUUCCGGAGGCGGGACCAGAGUGUUGGAAGGAGGCCUCGGCUGGGUGAAGGUACGCGCAGCUGCCCAGAUCAAAACAAAAGGGAUGCGGGGGGAGGGGGCAGUUGGCACCGGCUUCUCCCUUUCAUUCCCUUUGAACCUUUCCUCUUCUGGUUGCUAAAGGAACAGGGGUGGGUAAAUCCGAAUUAGGCUGUUCUCACUGAGGCGGAGUGAAUCUGAAUCGAGCAGUCCUCACCGGAGCGACGCUUCAAUAAGUUUGGGCGCCUGCGGCCCGUCGUGCAAAACCUACGUGGGCUCCCCAUUGAGAAAGGGAACGGAAAGCGCGUCGGUUUUUUUACUUUUAUUUUCCCCGAUUUUUUCAUGCGCGAGGACGGAAUCGGUUUCGUGUCUAGGUUUGGAGCGCUUCAGAAUGCCGCUCUUCUGAACACGCGUGUGCUUUUGUGUGUGCGUGUGAUUUUAAUGCUGCAACCCUAAGCUUCGUGGCUGAGGAGCAAACUUCAUUGACCUCAGUGGAACACCUGGCUUCAGCUGUGCGUAAAAGGCGCAGGCAGUUCUUUGUAAGCCCCGUGAGGAAAAGCAGGGCAGGCAAUGGCGCUCAUUCUCUAUUUAUAUGCAGGACCUUAAGUCACAUUAAAGGCUGAAAUCGCAGGUGCAUUUACUUGGGAAUAUGCCCUGCUGGAAGACUAUUAAGGAAACUUACCUAGGCUGUAAUGUUUUGUGCAAAUGGCUUUUGAAGAUGGGGUAUUUUAUCCAUUCUAUUGAGUUUGUAAGAAUUUCCAUCUUCCGAUGGGAUGGGCAGAAUAAAUUAGGGGGAAUCCAGGAUCUUACUGUUGGACUGAUUUUGCUGUAUAAUAGGAUCUCACACACACUGAUUAGGUCACAUUAUUGAAACGGGGAGGAAAUUCAGAUCGACUUUAAGGGCCUGCUUUCCCCAUUUGAGAGCGUGUUGGAGCAGCAUCUAGCCCAUAGCACAGAACUGUUUGCCCUUCAGAGGACUGAGCAGAGAUCUUUCCAUCACCUGAUGCCUAAUCCUUUCCAUCUAUACGGGUGCUUGGAGUUGAACUUGGGAGCAUCUUCAUGCACACUGAGUUCUGGUACUUCUCCCAUCUCCCCAAUUUAGCCAUUUCAGGGAAGCCCUCCCUUUCCACUCAUGUGUGAGUAAUCAGAUCUUACUUUGUUUUAUUUUCUCACAUGAAUCAAACUGGCCAGAACUGGCCAUGUGUUGGAACGAAUAUACAGGCAAAAUGACCAUACAAGGAACCUCAGGACCAGGGCUUUAUGCAGCCCUUCAGGAAUCAGUCUGCUCCUCCUAGCCAUACAUUCCACUGGCCUUCACACCCUCCUUGAAUGUUUUUGUCUGCAUGGAAUGUGCCUUUGAAUUCUGAAAAUGUCUUGCUUGCUUGGAUGGAGGACAGAAAGGGAUGUGUGUAGAAAUUAGCCUACUAUAGAAAGGUGGCAUUUACACUGGUUGCUUGGCCCACUUUUGCCUCUGGUGCCCACUCACCACUGAUAUGGGACAUGUGGCCUUCAAGCUGAAAAAGGUUCUCCAUCCCUGCAUUAAGUCAUACUCUUAGUAAUGCCAUUGGAAUCAAUGAAUUUGACUAACUUUAAGUCCCUUGAUUUCAGAAUAUGUCUUACUCAGAUGCUGAAGCACAGCCUGAAUAUCAAUUGUCUGUAUUGCUCUCUCUCUUCCUCCACCCCUUGCCCUUUGCAGAGUUUUCUUGAAGCAAAGAAAAAGCAGCACCUACCGGGUACUCUGUUCACCAAACAUCCUAGCAUAGCUGCAGGGUUGACAAACAGCCUUGUUGUGGAAAAUGGCCACCAAGGUGAAUGAGCAGAGCCUAGAUGCAUCCUGCAGUGACCCUGCAAAGGAGAGGGAUCCAGGUAGCACCAACAUGGCUGAGCAUCAGGACUUGGAUAGAGGCGAGGCCAAAGCAGCUGGUGAGUGUUCAGGAGGAGGAGCUGAACAUUCGGAGAUGACGCAGCAGCCUACGGAUCAGCGUCAAGCCCCAAGAUUGCAGGUAAAACAAGAAGAGAAACCAAAAACUGAAAAAUCCUUGGUGCCCCCUGCUGCAGAGGCUUCUGUGUCAGUUCCAGUGCUGCCCUUGGGAGAAGGGAAAGGGGCAAAGCGGAUGAUGGAGGAUGAUGAUGGUGAUGCUGACAUCUUUAAAGAAAUGCCAGAUGUCUGCCAGGAGGCCAGAGAGCCAGGAAGGGCCAUGCUCCUGCCAGAUCUCUUUGGGGAGGCUCAGCAGGCUCAUAGCAGUCUGGCUGCUGGCCGGGCUGGAGGAUGUGCCAAGGUGGAGCAAGCCAUCCCAUGCCUGCCGAAUGUGGGCUCCGAGAACCAGCGCAAACGCUUCCGGGGUUUUGCCUACAAAGAGACUGAAGGGCCCCAAGUGGCCUAUGAGCGACUCCAGGAACUGCUGUUCCAGUGGUUGAAACCAGAGGCCCGCAGCAAGGAGGAGAUUGUGGAGCAGUUGGUGCUCGAGCAGUUCCUGAACCUCCUCCCAGAGGAUGUCCAGCGCUGGGUUCGGGAACGUCACCCUGAAAAUGGGGAUGAGGCUGUAGCCCUGGCAGAAGACUACCAGUUUCUGCACCCUGAGCCUGGGAGACGGCCCUACCCAGAAAGGGCAAGGCAACGAUCUUCAGCAAGGAGUUGGCUCCGCUGAAGUCACUGAUUCAGACAAGCAGGACUGGUUAUUGGUAGGUAGCAGGAAGCGACCAUUAUUAGUACAUUGCUUAAAUUUUCUUGGGGGUCUGUUAGUAGUAAUAUUGCAGUGCACCUGCAUUGGAUGGGUUCUAGGCCUGCAUGUGUGCUGAAUUCUCCCCAGCACUUCACAAGAUGGUAAAGAGCCAAGCUGUUAAGAGCUCCUCCUAUGAAUGCUUGGUUGCCAUUAUGGGUUCUCUCUAUUUACUGCUUCUGGCAGUGAUGAACUGAUGAAAUGUUAAAAACUAGAUUUUAGAAGGACUGUGCAUGUGACUUUGAUAUGCACAGGAAUUUUGACUGACAAAGCGGGAAGUAAAUACCUAUGGACUACCAGAAAGCCCUUAUCGCUUAUUACACAGUGAAAGUAGCCAAGAAAACACAGGCAUCUUUUGAAGUUGCUGCUACAUGCUGCAGAGGCAACCCACUUUUUAAGAUUGAAAAUGUGAACAACUCUGUGUGCACAGGUUUAACUGACUUGUGAGUGUAUAACUUCACUGACUUUCAGCCACAAGAUUAGCCAUUGAAUCUUUAGCUGGGCUUCCCAUGUAUGCUGGUCAUAGGCUAAGAAAAUAUGGUUGUCUGUGAAGAACAAACCAAGACAGCUAUCCUCUGUGUGCUGAUGUUUUGAGAUCCACAUGGUAUCCUUGUUUUUUUCCUUAAUGCAGAUACAAAUACACUGGUAAUCAGCAUCCUUAUACCUGAGAGCAUUAAAAUAACCAUGCUGGUCUCUGUCAAAGGCUGGAGGGAGGGAAUUGGCAGCUGGAAAACAGAUUUUGGGAGCUAUCAUCAGAGCCUGUUGUUGGCUGGUCUUGUGGUAUAUAUAUGUUUUAGAAUUUGGGUGGGUGCAGAAUUACCUGAUGACAGUGUGUCACAAUGGAUGGAGCAGCCAUCUUCUCAGAUAGUGCCCUCCAGAUGUUUCUGGACUACCACUCCCAUCACCCGAGGCCAUUGGCCAUCCUGGUUGGGGCUGAGGGGAGCUGGAGUCUCCACAACAUCUGGAUGGCUAAAGGUUGUGGACGGGCAGGUUUAGAGUGUUAGAUUAGGGCCAGGGAGGCCCAGGUUCAAUUCAGCGAUGAAGCUCUCUAGGUAACUUGUGCCAGGCACUAUCACCAUAACCUAUCUUAUAGGGUUGUUAGGAUAAAACAGGCAGGGUGGAGUGGAGAAACUCAUGGAUGCUACCCUGACUUAAUUGAAGAAAGUGCAAUAAAUAAAUAAAUUUUGGUUCAAAGAGGCAUUAGUCUGGUUUGCACAUCACAUUAAAUUCACACCAGCUCAUUCACAUUAAACCACAGUUUUUGCCUGUGGUUUAGUGUGACGUGAACCAGGCCAUUGUAAAAAAAGUCUAGUCUGCUGCUUUGUUGCUUUGUACUUAAAGUGUUACUCUUAGGCUAGUGUAUUUAUUCACGUAAGUAAUAGAUAGAUGAUACCUAUAAUUAAGGAUUAGGCUGUCCAUCUCAGGUGCCAGGAUUAGGAAUAUCUUUAAAGGACAGCAUAUGGUCAGCUACAGAGUAUCAUGGUUUUCUGUGCACACCAUUUCACCUGGCUGCUUUGAACAUCUGAAUGUAUUUGGCCAGCUCUACAUUUCUGGAAUUGUUUACCAUUUCUGAUGAGUCCUUGGUUUUCCUUACAGACUGAGAGAAUCAAAGACCUAGUUAUCUACCAAGCCGAGCGGGGGAAACCUAAAUGGGCCAGAGGAACUCAGAAAUCACAGUGCAGUUGCCGAGCAUGAAAAGACCUUUACACAGCCUUUCCCUGCACGGAGACCAUUAACUGGAGCAGAACCCUUCACAUCAUCUGACUUUUUUUUGUGUGUAUACAUAAUGGGGAGAAGAAGGGGAAUUUCAAAAUCUUGCUUGGUCCUUUUUGCAGCUUAAAGAAUGCCCUCUGUCCACUAAUGCCAUAGGAAUAAGUUGGAGAAAGGACAAAGCAUGAAGGGAACUUGAGAGCUUUUCAAAAGGGAGGGGGUGGGCAUGACUUCGGAAUGUAUGUACAUAUGAGCAUUCUGACAGGAUGCAGAAGGGAAGGGUCUUGUGAUGAAAAUGAUGUCUGCCAGUCUUCCUCAGGUUGGUCUGAGGCAUCUGAGUCACCUUUUCCGCAUCUCUUUCCCCCACUCCUCAGUCUCCCAUCAGUUUAUGAUUGGCAAGAUAAUAUUUUCCCCUGAUUCCCCUCCUUGCUUUGUGUUCAGAGGGGUGCCUCUUAAUUUUGGAGAGAGGGCCUGCCCUGCCCAUGGCCUGUGAGAAUUUGUGUGGAAAAUCUUGAAAAGUCACUUUGUACCACUCCCAAGACAUUUUGUGUGGCAGGGCAGACUUUGAACACCUUUGGGGAAUUCAGGGCUUCUGCCACAGAGCUAUCUCCUCACUACACACAACAGCCCUAUAAACUGAAGUGAACUCUGUAUGUUGCAGAUACAAGGCAGCUGUUGCUGUCAGACACUUCCACAUCAUGCAAGCCCUGCUGUUGCCAAUGUAGUUUGCCUUGAUCGUGUGGUGAGUCCCCGUGUCAUUGCUCUACCUCCCUCAGAGCUGCUGGCAUGGAGAUUUGCCAUUCAGUCUGCCAGACCUACAUGGGAUUCUCAUGUUGUGGUAUCCCUGAAGAGUCUAGCCACUCAAAAGCAUUUUGAACAAGCCACCAUGCAGCAGCCUUAAAUUAAGCUUGCUUAAGAGAGAGCUUGUGUUACUGGUCAAAAAGGCAGACAUGGGCUCCAAGGUCCACCAUAAUGACUGGCCUCAUAACCCACAGAAUUCUCCCUCCUUGCUUGUAACUAUUUUUCAGUAGUUUGUCAAUGGAUUUGGAGCCUACAGUACUUAUCUGUGAGCCAAAGUAGUCACGAUUUGAUGAACCAGCUGUUUGCUGGAUAUUAAGCAUUCUUCAGUGCUUCAAGCUGGGCUUUGUUUCUGCAACAUAUUUGAGGAAUGGAGUGGGAAGGGAAGGGUCUUUUCUGCGGCUCCCCCCAGGUCUGUAUUAGUGUGUUGAAAUGGGAGCAAAGUGUUUUCUUGCUUGUAGAAACUAGGUUUUUGAUACUCGUCCUGAUGUGAUGUAGCUUCUGCUUUCACCUUGUAUCAGGUGAACUUUAACCCUGCUUUCAUUUGUGUAAAUUUCUGGUGUGUGUGUAUGUCCGUGGAUGAGCACAUGUAAUAAAGAAUCUUUCCCCCACAGUGGUC